CUCUGCUGAGGCUUUACUUCUGCAGCCUAUUGUUUGAGACAACAGAUAUAAGUUGCGAUGGGAGAGGAGCGUCGGAUUUGGUGUGUAUCCCCCAUUUCCAAUUAUAGAUGGAUCAUUACAGACAGCGGAGUCCUGAGAAGCCAGACAUCUGCUCCUCACAUGAAUGCACUCACCUCCUAGAGACCAGGCUGCCAUCAUGCUCUGGAAGCUCGUGGAGAAUGUCAAGUACGAAGAUAUCUAUGAGGACCGGCACGAUGGCGUCCCGAGUCACAGCUCUCGACUUUCCCAGCUGGGCUCGGUGUCCCAAGGACCUUAUUCGAGCGCCCCGCCGCUGUCCCACACCCCGUCGUCAGACUUCCAGCCGCCCUACUUCCCGCCCCCGUACCAGCCGCUCCCCUACCACCAGAGCCAAGACCCCUACUCCCACGUCAACGACCCCUACUCUCUGAACCCUCUGCAUCAGCCCCAGCAGCACCCCUGGGGGCAACGGCAGCGGCAAGAAGUGGGUUCCGAAGCCGGCUCUCUCCUGCCCCAGCCUCGGGCCGCUUUGCCCCAGCUCUCGGGCCUCGACCCUCGGAGGGACUACCACUCUGUCCGCCGGCCCGAUGUGCUCUUGCAUUCGGCGCACCACGGCCUGGACGCGGGCAUGGGUGACAGCCUGUCCCUGCACGGCCUCGGCCACCCCGGCAUGGAAGAUGUCCAGUCAGUUGAAGAUGCCAAUAACAGCGGCAUGAAUCUAUUGGACCAGUCUGUCAUAAAAAAAGUUCCUGUUCCUCCAAAAUCUGUGACUUCUCUGAUGAUGAAUAAAGAUGGCUUUCUGGGAGGUAUGUCCGUCAACACGGGAGAGGUGUUUUGCUCCGUCCCAGGCCGCUUGUCUCUGCUCAGUUCAACUUCCAAGUACAAAGUGACAGUGGGAGAAGUUCAGAGAAGGCUCUCGCCCCCCGAAUGCCUCAACGCAUCUCUCCUGGGCGGUGUUCUCAGAAGAGCCAAAUCGAAAAAUGGGGGGAGAUCUUUGAGAGAAAGGCUAGAAAAAAUCGGUUUGAAUUUACCCGCGGGCAGACGCAAAGCAGCAAAUGUCACGUUACUCACCUCCCUGGUGGAAGGAGAAGCCGUUCACUUAGCUCGGGACUUUGGGUACAUUUGCGAAACUGAGUUUCCAGCCAAAGCUGUUUCUGAGUAUUUGAACCGGCAGCACACGGACCCCAGCGACCUGCACUCCCGAAAGAAUAUGCUGCUGGCCACCAAGCAACUGUGUAAAGAAUUUACGGAUCUCUUGGCCCAGGACAGGACGCCGAUCGGGAACAGCCGGCCCAGUCCCAUCCUGGAGCCAGGCAUCCAAAGCUGCCUCACCCACUUCAGCCUCAUAACGCAUGGCUUCGGCGCCCCGGCCAUUUGCGCCGCACUCACGGCCCUGCAGAACUAUCUCACCGAGGCGCUCAAAGGCAUGGACAAGAUGUUCUUGAACAACACCACCACUAACAGGCACACGUCUGGGGAAGGCCCAGGUAGUAAAACUGGCGACAAGGAGGAGAAACACAGGAAAUGAAACCUUAAAAAAAAAAAAAAAAGGAAAAAAAAAGUUUUAAGUCCAAAUGGAAAACAAAGCAAAUAUCAUUUUAGCUUUAAAAUAUUGGAUUGGCUUUGGAAGAAUUAUACUAGGUAGACUAUACAUGCAAUCAAUUUUUUUUUAAAAAAGGCUAAAUAACAACACACACGCACACACACGCACACACAAACACACACAAAGAGAAACAAAACCAAACUGAUGCGUACAACGGAGCAACAAAACCGGUUCUCAGUGUCUAUCUCAAGAUACACUUGGAGACAAGCGUCUGGAUUUUCCAAUUCCGUUCUUUCGAGUUUAGUAAUCCUGAUAAUAAAAGAAAAAAAAAAAACAUGAUUUCCCCCCCACUCUUUGGAAAAAUAAACGUAAGACGAAACCCGAUAAAA